AUGUCAAAGAGGCCUCCAGGUUCAUUUUUUCACAAUAGAAAGCAGAAGAUAGAAGCUGAAAAGAUACAAUUAGCAAAACAGUGGGAAAAAACGCGGAAAAACUGGUUAAAGUGUGAAAAUGUGGAUAAGUCUGAAGAUUCUUUGGAUGUUGAUGUCAAUGAAGUAAAUAUUGAACAACAUGAAAAUGAAAACACGAUUAUAAAAGAACCAUUACCAUUGAUAAGUUGUAAUAGCAAUUUAAAUGAAAAAAUUACUAAUGACGAUUCUUUGGAUGUUAAGAUAAAUGAAAAAAAUAUAACUGUCAAUGACUUAGAACUCAUAACAUUUAAUAUAAGUGAGAAUUGUCAUCAAGUUAAUAAUGAGAAUACUUUUGAGGUAUCUUUAGAAGGUCAAAAUAAGUAUGAACAUUUUAAAGCCACACAUUAUCCUGAAAUUUUAUUUGACAAUCCUCGUUCUUGGUCUCCUGUUAAUGAUAAACUGCGUUGUAUACUUAUUCUUCAUGGACCAAAUCGAGGGAUGACAGCACCUAAACCGUUCAAAAAUCAUUGGUUUUUUAAACAAAUGAAUAACGGUGAAAAGUGUGACAGAACGUGGAUGAUGUAUUCUGAACCUAAUGAGGCGAUUUUUUGUUUUUGUUGUAUUUUAUUUGGAACUAAAUCAAGUGCAUUAACAGAUCCUAAACAAGGUUUUACAAACUGGAAAAAAAUGGAACGUUUAAGGGAACAUGAAAAUUCUUCAGACCACGUUAAAAAUUUCCUUGAAUGGAAAAUGUUUGAAAAAAAAUUAAAACAUGGUGGAGCUAUUGAUGACUGCUUACAAAAUCAAAUAAAAUCGCAAGUAGCUAAAUGGAGACACAUUUUAAAAGCAAUAUUGAAUGCAAUACUGUACUGUGCCAACAAUAAUUUAGGAUUAAGGGGACAUUCAGACAUACCUGGGAGUCCAUCCGCAGGUCACUUUCUUAAUUUGUUAAGUUUGAUUAGUAAAUAUGAUCUAAUAUUAAAGGAACACAUUGAUUCACAUAAGAAAGGUUCUAUAAAUUACUUUUCUCAUAAAAUUCAAGAUGAGUUUAUAGCUUUGUUGGCCAAAAAAGUUCGAAAUGAAAUUAUACAUCAAAUUAAAUCUGCUAAAUAUUAUACAAUAAUGUUUGAUUGCACACCAGAUGUAUCUAGAACAGAGCAAAUGAGUCAAGUUAUAAGAUAUGUUCGUGUCACUGGUGGUAAAGUAUUUGUAGAAGAAAGUUUCUUAGGCUUUAUAGAGUCUCAUGAAAAAACUGGUAAUGGUUUGACUACUGAAAUAUUACAUCAGAUAUCUCUAGAUGGUUUAGAUAUUCAAAAUUGUAGGGGCCAAGCGUAUGACAACGGAUCAAAUAUGGCAGGGAAGUACAAUGGGGUUCAAGCAAAAAUUUUAGAAAAAAAUCAAUUAGCAACAUUUAUACCUUGUACAGCACAUUGUUUGAAUUUAGCAGGUGUAAAUGCUGUAGGAUCAAAUAAACAAAUGCAGCUAUUGUUCGGUAAAAUUCAACAACUUUUUAAUUUUUUUUCUGGUUCUACCUUACGUUGGGAAAUAUUGAUGAAAUCAUUGAAAGUAACUCUUAAACCCUUUUCGGAUACUAGAUGGUCCUCUAAAGCUGCUGCGGUAAAGGCCCUUUAUAAACAAUUACCUGAUGUGAAAUGUGCUUUGAUUAAUAUUAUUGAAAAUGGAAAUCUUGAAUCAAAACCAAUUGCAAAAAAUUUACUUAAUUUAGUGGAUCAUGAAUUUAUUUGUCUAUUAACGGUUUGGAAUUCUAUACUAUCAAGUAUUGAUUGUAAAAAAAGGAAAAAAAGAGCAAAAAGAAUGGAUUUUGAUGAAUCUGCCGAUGAAUGGAACGUUUCUGCUAAAAAUAAUUGUUUAAUUAAUUUGAAAAACGUCUGUGAUGUUUUGCUUUCACACUUGGGCUGGAGAUUUGAAACAUUGAAUAAUGUAUCCUUAGAUUUUAGUUUUCUGACUGGAUCUGAACUAUUCGAAAAAGAAACAGACCAAUUAGUCAAAGCAGCAGCUGAUUUAGCCUUAAAAUAUAAUAAAGACUUAAACGCUUCAGAACUAACCGAAGAAAUAAUACAUUUUAAGCAUCAUGCCAUAAGUGCAUUACCCAGUAUUAAAAAUACAACACCAUUAGAACUAUUAGAGUUUAUUUUUGAGUAUUCUAUGGCUAGUAUUUUUCCAAAUAUUUGCAUAGCGCUUCGGCUUUAUUUAACAUUGCCAUGCACAACAGCCACGUGUGAACGGAGUUUCAGCAAACUGAAACUAAUCAAAACUUAUUUACGUUCCACAGUAAAUCAAACUAAACUGACUAAUCUUGCGUUAUUAUCUAUAGAAAAAGAAAUAUCAAACUCCAUCGAUUUCGAUUCAGUUAUAAACGACUUCGCUGAAGUAAAAGCCAGAAGAAUAAAGCUUUAA